AACUGUUCACUUUCUCCAUUUGUCAGAAAACAGCUGUGGAGCCAUGGCGAUGUUUGGGAAGGUUUUGGAGCCAGUGGGCUACAUGCAGACUGUGAGGGUCCUGGUUCAGGGCAUCUGCUCCUAUCUGGGCGACAGCGCCACAGCAGAGGAGAGUGAGGGGGCCAAGAAGAACCUGGACCACAUCGAUCAGGAACUGGGAGCAUCGGGACACGGCCUGCUGGACGACCAGGAGGUCCACCGGCUGGAGGACGACCUGGCAGUGGUGUACUACCAGCUGGGCACAGCGGUGAGGGCCCAGUCAGACUUCACCAAGAAGGAGACGGAGGUGUUUCUGCAGUACGUGCAGGACUACCGACUGGAGAGGCAGCUGACAGCUCUAUACAACCGUCUGAUGGGAGUGUCGGCGCUGACCGACCAGCCCACGCUGCUGGAAGAGCUCAUACUGAGUCGCAAGCCCAAACGCUGGGAGCUGAGGGAGUUCUGUGUCAAGAUAAACUUUGUCCUGGGCACCGGUCUCCUGUGCCUCUUUACACAGGCUUCUCUGACAGGCAGAGACCAGGCUCUGCUGAUGAAGACCUGGUCUGACCGGAUGGCUGCCCUCUACAGGAAGAUGAAAAACACCGGAGGCCGCUGCUUAGGCUACUUUUUGCAGCAGGCUGAGGGGGAUAUACGGCUGCAACUCCAAGAGGCCGUGCAGAACCGUGCACCCCCGGAAGAGGCAGCGGGGAGCAUUCUAAAGACCCUGGAGAAGAACUAUGAUUGGCUGCGCUGGGCGGUGAUGCUCCACCCUGCCGUGGGAACCAUGGAGGAUGAGAAGGACGAGAAGGACGAGAAGGUUGAGAAGGACGAGGAGACACAUGAAGAAAAAGAAGAAAAGGAAGGUGUGCUGCCACAACAGCAGCCCGACAAUUUCAUUUCUGUGGCAUCUGAAGCACCAAUCCCCCACGUGGUGGCGUGCUAUCGUGACACGCCCACUUCGUUGGACAAGAGCCGUAUCCACCAGCUUAUCGUGGACCUGGAGUGGAAGAUCCCCAACCCGCCACCUGAGGUGUACGCUUCCAUCGAGGAAGACCCAGGCAGAGCGCGGCGCUACCUGGCCUCACGCAUGCUGAGGAAGCUGCAGGAGGGGCUGGGAUCUGGUGUGUCUGUCCACGUGGUGCCGGGCAGGAUGGAGAUGAAGUGCAACUUCCCACCAGCCUCCUACUACCUCUAUUGGUACAAACACCGGCUGGCCUCGGGCACAGUGUGUGUGUUUGGAUGAAACACCGCUGUUUCCACACAGAUGUUUCUUAAUCAUAUUUAAAGCAUCUGUUUUAUUUUUGUUGCUUUCACAGUGGCAUUGACAUGUCUUGUGUAAUAUAAUUUCCAAAUAAAUUACAUACAUGAGUUUUUUGUUUACUUUCCUAUAAAGCAAAAUUCCAGUUUAUAUUGCAACUUGGGUCUCAUGUCAGCCAUCCUUAGGACAGUCGGUCCACAACUUUAGAGCAGACCGAAAUGUCUCAACAAAUAUUGGAAGAAUUGCAUGAUCUUUUGCACAGACAUUCAUGUUCCCCAGACAAUGACUCCUAAUGACUUUAGUAUUCCGCUUACUUUUUAUCUAGUGCCAUUAUGAGGUCAAACUUUUCCUUUGUCAUAAACUCUGAUGAAAAUUUCCAACAGCCUCAGUUGUACUUUGUGUUUAGUGUUAUUAAGCAUGCUAAAAUGCUACACUGAGCUGGUGAACUUGGUAAACAUUAUGUCUGCUAAAACAUCAUGUUAUUUGUGUUGCAGCAGAGUCUGAACGGGGGAAGAAACACAAGAAGUCAGACAAUCAGACAAUAAGUUUACAUGUUUUACCAGAUUUUCUGAAUAAGGUGAAUUUAAAGGUGAUUGCAUCUGGAACACUGGUAAUAAUCCAUCAUGACACAAGAAAACUAUGCUAAGAACUGUGAUGAAUGGUCAAGAAGUUUAGCUAACAUGAGGGGUUUGCAUGUGUUUCUUUCCAGUCUUUUGUUUUUAUUUAUAGGAAUAAUGGCCAAAACUACAAAAGUAAAGCCCAAGUUGUAGGAAACCAGAAUUCUCCUUUAAGACAGAUCUUUCUUUUUUUUUUUCAUUAAGGUAUGCAUUGACUUUCCAAACAUCAAUGCUAAAUAGCAGCAUCAACAAGGAAGCAGAGAUCAAGCGUUUGACCCGUUUUUUACUGUUGUGGUCUUUGAUUAUUGCUGAUAACUGACAGAUCCGGAGACUGUAUAAUUACCUGUCAGAAUAAUAUGCUCUAAAAUUGUCCAUCUCAUCCGUGAAUAAGUGUCCAACUGGUGUCCACAUGAGGAAUCAGCAACAGUCGUACUGUCCAUCACAUAAUCACAUUAAAUGUCCUGGAAAUAUCCAUAUUCCCUGUCCUUUUCAUACAGUAAAA